ACAAACCCCUCCUGCUACCUGCAGUUCAAAGACUGAAGCAGAGUAGUCUCAAGGAUCUCCAACAUCACUACUCAGCAGAAUGAAAUACGCACAGUAUGUUUUCCUGGCCUCGGUCUUCUACACUGUUGAAUAUAGCCUAGCUCAGACCUGUGCAGUGGAUUCUUUCUCUGUGAAAGACAAUUUUGAUCCAAAAAGGUAUGCAGGGAAAUGGUAUGCCCUGGCCAAGAAGGAUCCAGAAGGCCUUUUCCUUCAGGACAACAUCUCUGCUGAAUACACUGUGGAGGAAGACGGCACAAUGACAGCGUCCUCCAAAGGCCGAGUGAAGCUUUUUGGUUUCUGGGUGAUCUGUGCUGACAUGGCAGCUCAGUACACGGUACCUGACCCAACCACUCCAGCAAAAAUGUAUAUGACCUACCAGGGACUAGCCAGCUACCUCUCCAGUGGUGGGGAUAACUACUGGGUGAUUGACACUGACUACGAUAACUAUGCCAUCACCUACGCCUGCCGCAGCCUGAAGGAGGACGGCUCCUGUGAUGAUGGCUACUCCCUGAUCUUCUCACGCAACCCCCGCGGCCUCCCCCCGGCCAUCCAGCGCAUUGUGCGCCAAAAGCAGGAGGAAAUCUGCAUGUCUGGCCAGUUCCAGCCUGUGCUCCAGUCAGGGGCCUGCUAAAAGUACGCUUCUGAUCCUAUCCUUAAGCACAGAAACCAGACCUCUUGGUCUUGAAGUUGCCACUCAACUAAUAAUAAAAAAAAAUCAUAGUAUGGAAUAGUGUGUUUUACCUGAAAAACACAUGAAAAUAUUGGGGGAUCUUUAAACAGUGUGCAAUAUAAUAGUGAUAUUUGAAUUUUCAAGGGAAGACCUAAUGUGGCAUUUGUCAAUAAAUGUUUUUGGAAAA